CGUGUUCUGAUUAUGACAUAGUUUUAUUGUUUUCAAUUUCGUUAACUGGUUGUAAGUAUUACAUUUUUCUGUUUUGUUUUCUUUUAUAGUUACCGUUAUAGACCUUGAAGUGUUAGUUUAUUUUAUUUUCCUAAUAUAAUAUUGGCUGAUUUAGCCUAUUAGUUAUUACAUACAAACACUGUGGAUCCAAAAUAGUUUUCAAACAAUGGUGGACCGGUUAGGUAAGUAAUAAUUUGUUUUGUGUUCCAACACUUAUUAUUUGCACUUACAAAUGUAUGUGUAUUUAUAUUUACAAUACUCUGAUGUUUGCAUGUCCAGUAAAUAGCGAAGCCAAUGCACGUCGUAUUGCUAUGGUUGAAAGUUGUUUCGGUGGUUCUGGACAAGUAAGUUGUAUUUAUAUUAUUGUUACAAUUGAACGUUAAUACUAAAUUAUAAUAAAAUGUAUUUAAUUGCAGCCAUUAACUGUUCCUGGACGUGUAUUAGUUGGCGAAGGCGUAUUGACUAAAAUUUGUCGCAAAAAACCCAAACCCAGACAGUUUUUUUUGUUCAAUGACAUUUUAGUGUAUGGAAAUAUCAUUAUAAACAAAAAAAAGGUAUACUAUAUACUUGUUGUUACUCUGUACACAAAUACUAUCAUGUAUUUAUUAUUUAAAUAAAUUUGUUUCAGUAUAAUAAACAACAUGUUAUACCAUUAGAAGAAGUAAAAUUGGAAUCAUUACAAGAUGAUGGGCGUAAGUUAGAAUAUUGUAACUUAAAAUAAGCUGCCUAAUCAAUAUUAACGUUAUAUAAUUUUUUUUUUUUUAAAUUAUUCAUGACAUUUAUAUGAUAAUGUUAAGAGUUACGAAAUGGUUGGUUAAUCCGUACGGCAUCCAAGUCAUUUGCGGUAUAUGCAGCUACUUCAACUGAAAAACAAGAAUGGAUGGCACAUAUCAAUAAAUGCAUUGAAGAUUUAUUAAGAAAGAGUGGUAAAAAAGCAGUAGAAGUGCAUGCUGCUGUUUGGGUACCAGAUUCAGAAGCAAAUGUAUGCAUGCACUGUAAAAAGACUCAAUUUACAGUACUCAAUCGAAGGGUAAGUACAAUAGUUAAUUAAUGCAUUGGUUUAUUUUUAUUUUUUCAUAUUUAUUUGUGUUUGUUUCAGCAUCACUGUCGUAGCUGUGGUACUGUGGUAUGUGGUCCAUGUUCGAGUAAACGGUUUUUACUACCAAAUCAAUCAUCCAAACCAUUACGUGUCUGUCUACACUGUUUUGAUAAAUUAUCCAGAGAUAGAGCGCAACAAAAUAGUACUAAUAUUAAUUAUCUCAAAAAUUGUACGUUUUUAUUAUGAAAUAUUUUAAAUAGUAUAAUAAUUGGUGUUUGAAUAAAUAAUUUGGACUUUAUAGCCUUGAAAGAUCGCAGUGAGUCUUCUGGGGAUGAUGAUUCUGAUGAUGAUGAUUUUGUUCAUUCAACAACACCAGAUCAGGUAAAUUGAAGUUUUAUUAUCCUAUAUACCUACACAAUAUUACAUUUUAAUUACUUAUUUUAUUUUGCAGCCCAAAUUUUACUGAUUAUAAUUUUACCAUCUAUGUGAGUAUUUUUUGUUUGUUUUACUAAUAUUUUCUAUGGAAUUUGUGAUUCAUGAAACCAUCCACUUUGACAGAGUUCAAUCAUAACUUUUUAUAUUCUAAGACAAAUAUAUUAUACUGUUUUAAUAUUAUCACAUAAUACAAAUUAAAAAAUGUAGAUCUACUAAUUAAUGUAAUGUGUAAAAUCCGAAUUAUAUGUUUGUGAUACCUUGUUUAUAGUAUUGUUAAGUUGUUCUAAUCAAUAUUUAUUUAUUCAAUAUCUAGUUAAUAUUAAAUAUUAGUUUAUUACCUAUAUUUAUUUUACAAUCAAAGUAUUUUUUUUUUUUUUUAAUAAAAAUUUAUUUUUACAAAUUAUAAAGACCAAAAAAAUAUCCAUUUGGAUCCUUAAAUUUUUAAGAAUAUAUACAUAAGUCAAUUUUUAAUAUUGGAACGGGAUGGAUUUAUUUGUAUUACAUUAUAAUAACUAAAAUAAUAUUAUUAUCUCUUUUUUUAACUUGUUUUAUUUUCUAUAUUUAUAAUAAAAGGAACUUGAGGAAAUUAUUAAUCACAAUAUAUAGCAUAUACUGUGAUCCCUCAAAGGUUUACUUGUUUAAAUCAUUUGAGACAUGGUGUUUACAUUAAUCCAGUCGUUUGGACAUGACACAUUUGUGAACAUUAUACACAAUUACCAAUUACUAUUUACUUUUUUUUUUUUUUUUUGAAUACUUUUAAUAACAUAACAUCAAAGAAAAAUCAAUUUUUUUUUAUUUAAAAAAAAAACUAAAAUCAAGUAAUAUUACUAAUUUAAAACAUAAGUUUGAAUAUGGUAGCAGUCACUUCUUUGUUAAUUUGUCGUGGUUGUUUAUUUUUGAAUACCAUGUUAAUUAAUUGUAAUUGCUGUACUUGUGUUAGUGGUACAUUCAAUUCAAAAGAGUUUUUCAUUAUUUCUUUACAUUGACGAACAUUACCCAGCAUGUCUGAAAAAUUGAUACACAUAUUUUUU